CUGCGCUUGUCUUGUCCCUCAACUGGCCUCGACCUCGCCCUGACUAGCAAUGCCUCAAUCUCAACUCUGGCCCAGUCUUGUAAUACACCAUCGAUCACACAUAUUGAAUCUGGACGUCCUUCACAAUUCUCGAGUACAUGUCUCUUUCUGGCUGUAUCGUUAACUACCGCACCGUUGCCUGUCACGAACAAGAAAGCACCUACCCAUCGUCUGGGGAAGGACGUCCCCUUUAGCCAUCUCAAACCUCCAGAGGGUUUGUCACAAUGGACCCUUGACCAAGUACACCUGAAAUUUGACAUUACCUCGCCUUCGCAAUCUUCUGUGCCAGAAAACGAUGCCAUGCUAUUCGAGUGUUCAACAAUACUGGAAGACCAAGCCAACGUUAGUUCAUCUUCACUAGCUGGAACGAACAAUCUAGAAGGUGCCAUUGGCCUGAUUGAUGCAGCCCUCCGGCUCGCAUUGGCAAAUCUGACUCCAAAAGCACUCAUGAAUAUAAAGAUCACCGAGAGAUCAUCAUUCAAACAUCUCGAUGAAGUGUGUCCUGCCAUGUGGAACCCUGUUCUUCUACCCACCAUCAGUCACGCCCUCUCCAACUCUAUCUCACGACGAGCACGUUCGUUUUCACUAAAAGAAAAGCUCAAGGAGAUUUCCCGACAGGAAUGUCCUGUAAUGUCGAAUGGUCAACACACCGAACCAUUGACAACACAGAAAGCGGUCAGUAUCAGGCUUUGGCGUCUCAUGCAACGUCGUCUUCGUGACCCGUCUGCUGGGAAAAGACUCAAGUCGAUCCUGAUCAGUGAUGCACCAUUGUCAACAUCUGAACAGGAUGAAGACAUUGACAAUAGUCUGAGUUUCGAGCAUGGAAGUGAACAUUCCAUACUCCAACAGUCUGAGAAUUGCCUGGGGUUGGAUGAUGCAGACGAUGAAGAAGACUUGCUCGAAAUUGAGUACGAAAGUGAAUGCGAGAAUUUAUUCAGAUCUGCAGAUCUGGAACCGGAUGAAAGUCCAUCUGAUGAUGAGAUGCUCGAUUGUCUACACAAUGGACAGCACGACAACUACGACCAAGUCGUCGCUUCUGAUAUCGACGACGAAACGGCUUCGGUUUUUGAAGAUAUGCUUGAGCUA